AUGGGCCAGAGCACGAAUCCCGAGACGAAUGGCUUUUUAUCUUGCGAUCGGGUAGAUGCCACUCUUGCGGAAAUUGCAGCGAAUAUGACAAGCAAGGAGACCGGGAAUAAGAAUGGCAACACAUAUCAGACUUUUGGUGGUGUUAUGGGCUGGCAGUACUGUAAUUCAUUGCCAGGAGGGACUGAGAAGCCGUGGAUGUGGGCUAAAGAUAUAUCUCAGCUGAUGCGGAAGCAUUUUCAUAAUGUUGAAGAGGAGGAAAAUGUCUAA